AUGGCGCUGGAGCCAGGUAUCACCGUUUUCCUCAACUACGGGGACGCGCUCUAUCAUGAGCGGAUCCUGCUGGCGUGGGUGGUAGAUUCGCUGUUCAUCGUCAUCACGCCUGACUUUGACGUGUACAUUGAACAAAUUGACGCUUCUAAUCCAGAUCUCGAGGCUCUGAGGGUUAGCGACCAUGCGGGCUCGAUCCCAUUUGGGCUCACGGGGGCGCAGCUAUAUCGCUUUCGAGCUCGGCCCGCUGGAGCUGACUUGGUGAACCUCAUGGCCGAGGGUCGGCACCACGCGAGAGUGGAGCGGGCGGCGCGAGGCCUGGCCCCGCCACCAGGGCAGGAUGACAUCAUCGGCCCGGGAGGCAAUGCGCCGGCGGUCGUGCCCAUCCCGUUGCCUGUGCCGCCGCCAGUGGCUCCUGGAGUGCCCGCGGUUCCCAUGGCCCCGCGCGUGGCGGGCGCCGCGGGGGCAUGGGUUUUCGACGAGCCGGGCGAUUCCUUCGCCGUCGGCCAGGAGUUCGCCCUGCCGGCCAACGCUCUCGACGUGGGGGGCCGGACAUUCGUGUCCGUCAACGGCAAGGCGGUCAGCGGGACGCGCGUCGCGGCUGGGACAGACCUUGAUGGGUGGGCCCGGCAGCGCCAGGCGCAGCUGAUGAGGGCGGACCCUCGUGUCCUGCCUCGCCCCGCUGGCGGUGAGCAGUCGGCUUUCGUCGACGAUGUGAGGCUGAUGAAGCGCGACCCCAGCGUCCCAAUCGGGAUCAAGGGCCCCGCCACGCUGCCCGACACCCUCGCGGACCUCAGGAAGGGCUCGACUGGGGGGUUCACGGCCGCGCACGACCGUUGGUUGGUGGACUCGAAGCCAUUCGACGGGGACCGCGUCUCCCUGCCCCCUCUCGGCAAGGGGGCGGCCUGCCUCUCGGGCGCGCUCGACCCGGAGGCGGCCGCAGUUUUGCAGAACUUUGAGACUGACCUGCUCGCCUCGCCUGACGUGGUGGAGCAGCGGCGUAUGUUCGCGCCGGCGCAGCCGUACCUCGACCUCGAGUUCCGGGCGAGCCGGCCCAAGUACAUCCAGUUCUUGUCGAUGUUGAAGUCCCGCGGCAUCAUCUCUCUUGUCGGCCGCCGCCGAGGCAGCGUGACCCCGUUUUUCGUUUCCAAGAAAAAUGGGAAGCAGCGUUUGGUGCUGGACUGCCGGCUCAUCAACAUCCUUUUCCACCACGCCCCCGUGAUGGAGAUCGGAGCGCUGGACUGCCUGAGCGGGCUCGAGGUGCCGCGGGGCCGCCAGGUGUUCACGGCGUCGGCGGACAUCGAGGCCUGCUUCUACCAGUGUGGCGGGCUGGGGUCGCUCAUCGAAUUCUUCUGUCUGCCAGGAAUCUCGGUGGCAGAAGCGACGCACCUGGGCUUCGACGUCACGGGCUUGUUCCACGACGCAAAGAUGAAGCUUCACGUGGCGUUGAACGUGCUGCCGAUGGGCUGGUCCUGGGCCUUCUGGUUCGUCCAGCGCGUCCACCUAGAAAUGCUGCGGCGCGCUGGGAUUGACUCCAGUCGCCUGGCGCUUGGCGGGUGGCCGCUGCCGCUGCUGGAGGGCGGCCCUGUCGAGCUCCCAUACUCCGACAACGUGAACGUGAUCGGGCUGGACCCGGUCGCCGUCGGGGAGCUCCGCGACAAGAUCGUCUCCACCUUCGAGCGGCAUGGCUUCGCGAUGCACGAGAUUUCGCCCGUCUCGGACGCCGCGGUGAUCCUGGGCGCGAGCGUCGGCGGAUCUCCGCCGAGCACGCGCCGGGUCUUGAACAAGUUGCUGUUAGUGCGAGGGGCGCUGCAGUGGCUGGCUUCGGGGCCCACCGUCACUGGGCGCCAGGUGGAGGUCAUCGUCGGGCACUACGUUGCGCUCACGUCCUUCAACAGGCUCGGGCUCAGCGUGAUGCGGUCGCUGUACGAUUUCAUCCGCGACAAGUACGUCAUGCCGACGCGCUUGUGGGCCUCCUGCCGGUACGAGGCGUGGGUAAUGGCCGACGUGAGCUUGCUUCUCUCUGCGAGGCUCGACCGGCCGUGGUCGCCCGUCGUGACGGCCUCCGAUGCCGCGAACCGUGGCAUGGCGGUGUGCGAAGCAGUUUUCCCGGUCUCCGCCGUGGCCUCCGUCGGGCGAUGGCGGGAGCGGUGGAGGUACAGGCGGCUGAAUCCCGACGAGUGGGCGCCGAGGUUCCGCUGGAUCCCGUCCGAGUUCAACCCCGCGGACGCGGGCAGUCGGCUCUUCGAGCACCAGGGCCCGCUCGGCCAUGCUUGGUCCGCUGAGUCGAGCUGGCGCCGGGCCCUCGCAGAGCUGCGAGGAGAGGCCGACAGCCGAGGCCGAGGCUGCGCCGACUCCGGCCCCCACGCCUGCUGCGGGACCGCCGAAGCGGCGGCCAGCCGCCAGGCGGCGGCCUGCGGCGGCCGGCGGGUCGCGGCGGCGCUGAGCCAGGCAUCCAAGUCGCCGGCCUCGGCCGCGGCCCGCUCGCACUGCGAGGAGGCCGCAGCAGGCGCUGCCACGCGCGCCAACUACAGGCCGCUCUGCGACGCCUUCCUCGACUUCUGCCAGACGAAGGGCCGCGUCCCAGCCGACGUCAACGAGCUGCAGAUCAGGCUGCUCGAGGCGCUCGACCACCUGCUUGGGGCCGAUGGUACCAAGGGCGAUGCGGACACGCUCGUGGCGGCGGUCAAGGAUCACUUCCCCUUCGCGGUCGGCUCGGGGACUCUGCCUCGGGUGACCCGCGCCCUACGGGGGUUCGGGAAGAAGCGGCCGCCUCGGUCCCGGGCACCGGCACCAAAGGAGCUCAUGGCGGCAGCGGUGUCGAUGCUGCUGGCCCUGGGGCUGUACGACCAGGCGCUGCAAGUCGCGGUUCUGUUCUACACCUACAUUCGCCCUGGGGCUCUCCGACAGCUGACGGCAUCCAAGUCGCCGGCCUCGGCCGCGGCCCGCUCGCACUGCGAGGAGGCCGCAGCAGGCGCUGCCACGCGCGCCAACUACAGGCCGCUCUGCGACGCCUUCCUCGACUUCUGCCAGACGAAGGGCCGCGUCCCAGCCGACGUCAACGAGCUGCAGAUCAGGCUGCUCGAGGCGCUCGACCACCUGCUUGGGGCCGAUGGUACCAAGGGCGAUGCGGACACGCUCGUGGCGGCGGUCAAGGAUCACUUCCCCUUCGCGGUCGGCUCGGGGACUCUGCCUCGGGUGACCCGCGCCCUACGGGGGUUCGGGAAGAAGCGGCCGCCUCGGUCCCGGGCACCGGCACCAAAGGAGCUCAUGGCGGCAGCGGUGUCGAUGCUGCUGGCCCUGGGGCUGUACGACCAGGCGCUGCAAGUCGCGGUUCUGUUCUACACCUACAUUCGCCCUGGGGCUCUCCGACAGCUGACGGUCGGGCAGCUGCUGCCCCCAGCGAGGCGGUCGGGGCCGCUGAGCCACUGGUCGAUCAUCCUGGCACCGACCGAGACGGUGGGCGCGCCCCGGGUCCUGACCAAGACCGGCACCUCGGACGAGACGGUGCUGCUGGACGAGCCCGCCUGGCUGGGGCCUGUGCUGCAGGCGCAUGCGCGGGGCAAGCCUCCGACCGCCCCCCUCUUCACGACGGGCGGCCCAGGCAUGGCAGCGGCCUUCGGCCGUGCUGUGGCCGCCCUGGGCGUCCCGGGCGUAUGCCUGUACCAGCUCCGGCACGGCGGGGCCAGCGACGACCUGCUCACCCAGAGGCGGCCGGCGGACGCCGUGAAGGCGCGCGGCCAUUGGAAAUCCGAGAGCAGCUUGCGCAGGUACGCGAAGCCCGGGGCCAUUCACCAGCUGCUCAACGCGAUGCCAGCGGAGAACAGGGCGUUCGGCGUCCAGCAGAUGAACUUGCUCGAGCGCCUGCUGAAGCGCGAGGCGCCCGGAUCGUGGGCGCCCCGCAGCGGC